AUGAACAUCAAUGAUUUUGUGAUACUCCCUGGUUCAAAAACUGGAGUUUCUGUAAAACUGAAGGAAAAAAGUGUACGAGAGCUGCAAUUGGAAAAGGUUCAGCUGGAACUUGAAAAUAAGGAAAUGGAGAAGAAGCUGAAGCAACUACAAUCAAACAUGAGCCGAGAAAAACAAGAAAGAGAGCGAGCAAAUGGAUAUAGAUGGAAAUCAGGUCAGGCUGGCCUAGGCACACAACCACCAAUGUUACAAAACAAAGAAAAUGUUGUAAAGCAUGCUCCAGACCCAGCUAAGCAGCCAUUCGUACAUAAAACAGCAAAUGACGCAGCCAUUGAAAAGCCUAAAAUGAAGGGCAAGGCAUGUGGUCAAUGUGAGAUGAAGCCUGCGUUGCUAGUGUGUUUAGAAUGUGGAGAAGACUAUUGUCCUAGUUGCUUUGCCAGAAUACACCAGAAGGGGGCACUGAAACUGCACAGAACAACUUCUUUGAAGGCGAAAACACAUAUCCCAAUUGGGAAGCUGGAAGCUGCACAGCAGUUCCUGAAAACUAUCAGCCCAACGGAGACUAAUGAUCAGAAAAAUAAUGGACAGAAAACAAAUGGUGGAUUUUUUCUGCAUGGUACCUUUGAUGAAGAAGAAUCUGCAAAGUCUUUUCAAGAAGCUCUAAAUCAGUGGAGAAGUAGAAAUUGUUCCCAAACAACUAAAGAAGAACAUUCCUGCCAGGUUGGGUCAGAAAAUUCAGGUACAUGUCAGGUGCAGACAAGUCCUCCAAUUAUGAAAAAGCCUGUUGAAAUUGAAUUCAGAGAAGAUGGCUUGAAAUAUAUGGAAAGAUUGUUAAUUAAGAAGCAUAGAAGAAGUCCAGUUGAUAAAUUGCCAGAUAAUAUUAUAAUGGAUGAACUAAAACUCAAGGAAUCAUUGACAAAUGAAAUUCCUGAUACUUGGAGCAGAGAAGAAGAAGAAGAGGAGGAAGAGGAGGAGGUGGAGGAGGAGGAGGAGGAUGACAUAGAAAUUACUCAUAAUACAGCUAUAGAAUUGAAAAAGUAUUGGGCAGAUGUUUUGAGACAAAAAGAGCCUGAGACUGUCCUUAUAAACUCUGAGCCCUCUUUGAAAAUCAAGUUCCUUGAAGACGCUUGUAAAGAGGAGUCAGAAGAAGAGCCCACUAAUUUUAUAGUAAUGGAGGCUGGGUCUGAUGAGCUGAUUUACUAUGGUGGUACCAUAUCAAAAAGUCAGAAGAUUGAACCAGACAUUUUUCUGCCACCCACUGUCAAUAUCAAUACAAGGUCACCUCUUUCUUCUGUAGCCGACAGAGAAAAGGGCUUAACUUUUCUUCAUAACAAACAUGAAGAAACUCCUAAAGUAAGAACACCUUCACAGUCUGAAAAAGCUGAUGUUGCUGGUGGUUGUUCCUGUGCAGAAGAAAUGGCUCCCAGUUCCUUAUCUGAAAGAGCAAUAACAAAAGACAAGUGUGGUAAAACCAAAAAGAAAAGCUGUUGCAUGUCAAAUGAGCAGACAUCUAGUCCUCCUAAAUGGGCUGCCAGCAAACCUUUCCCAGUAAUGGAGUUAGUUAAAGAAAGCAAAGUGUCUCAAGACAUGCAUGAUGCUUCACCAGUUACUCCCAAAGAUUCAUUGGUAGCCCUAAGAGAGAAACCUGCUUGUAACCCCUAUCGAGGACUUGAAGGAUUCUUUACAAUGGGUACAAAUUGUCUGCAACUUGGGAUGGAUUCCAUUCCUUCAUCACACAAGGCCCGAGAGUCUCCAAAGAGCAGCAUUUCAUUUUCAGGAUCUGAGCAAUGGACAAGACACUUGAGUUUAGGGGAAUAUGCUGAUGAAUCUCUAGUACAAGAAAUAUUGGAGAAAGAGCCUGGCAGAUCAUUAAGUAGACUGGGAAGGCAAACACCAAGUAUUAAACUUUCUCUGCCAAUUUUGUCCAUUGAUAAUGCUUCUUCAAGACCUUUUUCUGCAAAUAUUCCCCUUUGCAGAAUUGUUAAACACAGUCCUCGCUCAUCUUCAGUCAUUGAGACAGCGUCCAAACAUUUGAAUACACGACCUUUAUCUCAAGCUGCUUUUGAAAUUUCAGAAAUUGAAGGCAUUGAUGUCACUGAAAAUGAUGAUCCUUUUUUAGAAUAUUAUACUAAUCAACAAGCCUUAACAGAUUUAGACCAUGAAUUGCAGAGUAUUACAGAUUCCUGGGAAAAUCUCAAUGGUUUAAACUAUGGAGACUUCAACAGACAUUCAAAAAUCACAUAUCAGGAUUUCCAUAAUAACCAUGAAAUAAAAGACAAUAGUCAAGGUGAUGCUGUAAGCAUCUAUGAUGAACAUUAUACAGAUGAUGAGGAAGACCAGAUAGACAAGCAGCAGGUGAUAGAAUUACAGUGA